CCAAAAUUGAGAAAUACGAUAUGAACUUUGACAAGAAAACUAUAGAACUUGUGACGGUUAUUCCUGAAGGUGUUCUCAAAUGUGAGUACAAAAUGGACGGCCAAAUUCUCGUUUUGACUGUCAAAGAGGAAGGCAAUGCGACGAUUGGUUGCAAAAAUUUGCGCUGUGUGUAUCAUGCUGGUUACAAAGACUACGUUAAAAAUAACAAGACGUAUUUUAUGGUUGACAAUGACGUUUUGGACGCAGAACCUGAAGAAGUGUACAUCAAUUUCGAGAAUCUUUUUGGCGGGAAUAAGGAAGUGGGUGAUAAUAUUAAUAAAGUUUUGAAUGAAAACGCGAAGGAGAUUUAUCAAGAGCGAAAGCCGGUUUAUAGUGACUUGAUGAAGCAGGUGGUGACGGAGGUGCUUAAUAGAGUGUUUGCUAAGGUGUCAAUAGAGGAAGCGUUCGACUGAAAGGGUCCUAGUUUUGAAAUUGUUGUUGAUAUUUAUAUGACAAUAAAUUGUGUAAAUAAA